AAAGGUGCUGGCGGCGCCCGCGGAAGACAAGUGCUCCAGCUUCGCGCGCUCCCCAGCUACCCGCGGGAGGCAACGGACUGCGGGACGGACAGACGGACGCACCGACGGCUGUGAGCCGGGGCCAAGGGCCGCGGACGCGACGCGCGCGGGCUCCGCCGGGCAAGCGGCGGGCAGCGGCUCCAGCGAGCCUGCGGGGCCCGGGCGCCCUCUCCACUCCGGGGUGCACGGCCUCACCCCGCGUACCACCCACCGGGCAUGCAACGGGCCCAGGACUGAGGGGCGGCGGCGUCUGCUCUCCGGGUACCGCUCCGCCCCUGCCCCACACGCCCGGCUGUGCACCCCGCGCCCUGCAGGCUUCCUGGUGGCGGCGCGGUGCAGGGACUUUUCGCCUCUCGGUGGCCUCUCCCGAGCGCGUCUAUGAGCGCAGCGUUCCCGCCGUCGCUGAUGAUGAUGCAGCGCCCGCUGGGGAGUAGUACCGCCUUCAGCAUAGACUCGCUGAUCGGCAGCCCGCCGCAGCCCAGCCCCGGCCAUUUCGUCUACACAGGCUACCCCAUGUUCAUGCCCUACCGGCCGGUGGUGCUCCCGCCUCCGCCGCCUCCGCCCGCGCUGCCCCAGGCCGCGCUGCAGCCGGCGCUGCCGCCCGCACACCCUCACCACCAGAUCCCCAGCCUGCCCACCGGCUUCUGCUCCAGCUUGGCGCAGGGCAUGGCGCUCACCUCCACGCUCAUGGCCACGCUGCCCGGCGGCUUCUCCGCGUCUCCCCAACACCAGGAGGCGGCGGCCGCCCGCAAGUUCGCGCCGCAGCCGCUCCCCGGCGGCGGCAACUUCGACAAGGCGGAGGUGCUGCAAGCCGACGCCGAGGAUGGCAAAGCCUUCCUGGCCAAGGAGGGCUCGCUGCUCGCCUUCUCCGCGGCGGAGGCGGUGCAGGCGUCGCUCGUCGGGGCUGUCAGAGGGCAAGGGAAAGACGAGUCAAAAGUGGAAGACGACCCGAAGGGCAAGGAGGAGAGUUUCUCGCUGGAGAGCGAUCUGGACUACAGCUCGGAUGACAAUCUUCCCGGCCAGGCGGCUCACAAGGAGGAAGACCCCGGCCACGCGCUGGAGGAGCCCCCGCCGAGCGGCGGUGCCGCAGGCAGCACCACGUCCACCGGCAAGAACCGGCGGCGGCGGACUGCCUUCACCAGCGAACAGCUCCUGGAGCUGGAGAAGGAGUUUCACUGCAAAAAGUACCUCUCUCUGACCGAGCGCUCGCAGAUCGCCCACGCCCUCAAACUCAGCGAGGUGCAGGUGAAAAUCUGGUUCCAGAACCGCCGGGCCAAGUGGAAACGCGUAAAGGCCGGCAAUGCCAAUUCCAAGACAGGGGAGCCUUCCCGGAACCCCAAGAUCGUCGUCCCCAUUCCCGUCCACGUCAGCAGGUUCGCCAUUAGAAGUCAACAUCAGCAGCUGGAGCAGGCCCGGCCCUGAGGGUUCAGGGAGGGCCAGGGCCUGACCACCGUGGAGAAACCACAGCCACAGCGUGGGACCCAGGGCGGACUCCGCACAUUCGAAGCAAGACUCAGCAGCAACCCAACGUUGGACAUCCCAAGUAAAUUGAGAGUAUAUUCAUUUAACAGGCUUAAAAGACUGCUUUCGAAGGGGCUACAGCUACAGCUGAAGACACACUAAAUAUUUAUUAUAUUACCCUACUUUGUACAUAGAUAUCUAUAUAGACUGGAUCUCGGCUGCAGUAUUUUGAAAGUUCUAGGACCAAACCACCCAGUAAUAUUCUCCACUCACAUUCCAGAAGAAAACAAAACUUCUGCUGUAAUCGGUCACCUAUAGCAGCCACCUUUCCAUACUUUUCCAAAGGUAAACAUGACAUACAAGAACACACACUGGGGUUGCCACUUAUUUUUGUUUCUGUUCUGGCUUUUUUAGUUGACUGAAAAGCAGACGUUUUGGGACAGCCUGGAAAUUUGUUUUGCUUUGGUUUUGCCUGGCUUUCUUUCCUAGGGUUGCAUAUCCUAUCUGAGCCAAGUCUGAAGCACGUCUCUGUUGUGUUUAAUUUAUUUCAAUGUAGCUUAUUUUCUUAUAAGUUAUGACAUUUAAACAAUCUCAGUCUUGUGAAUAAUAAAAAGGAGAGAGAGAGGGGGGAAAAAACGACCAA